UGAUGAUGAACCGCCACACCACACUGCGGCGCUCGUCUACACUGGUGCUUUAAUGCUCUCGUCUCCCAGAGUCGGCUUCCAAAACCUCCCGCAUGUACUGUCGAGUGCAUCCCUUUCACCUUUACCCAGGACCGCUAAGUCAUUCUGCCAGCGAAAGCCAUUGUUCAUCUCAAGCUCUAAGGUGGAGGAGAGGGGCAUCGAGUUCGAAACCGGCGACUCCUUCUUCCGCCACGAGAGCGCCGUCGGCCGCGAUCUUAGCGUUCUCGCCGCCGCUCUCCAACGCCGCUCCAUCGGCCGUGGCCUCCGUGUCAUCGAUGCCAUGUGCGGCUGCGGCGUGCGCUCCCUGCGCUACCUCGUGCAAAGCGAGGCCGACUUCGUUUGGGCCAACGAUGCCUUCGAGGGACAUCGCGGCCUCAUCGCUUCGAAUCUCUCAUCCGUGGUUCCUAGGGUUUCGGCGGAAGGGGGAAGAAGGUGGGUGGUUACUCAUUAUGAUGCCAAUCGGCUUCUCGCAGGGAGAUAUCUGCAGGGCGAGUACUUCGACCUUGUCGACGUCGACUCUUUCGGCAGCGAUUCUUCGUUUAUUAGAUCAGCCAUUGCUACGGUGAAGAUCGGAGGGCUGUUGUAUUGCACAUCCACAGAUGGGUUUUCUUCUGGCGGGCAUCGUCCUCAGCAUUCGUUAUCUUCAUAUGGAGCAUAUGUUCGCCCUAUGCCAUAUUCGAAUGAAGUCGGUUUACGAAUGCUUAUAGGUGGUGCAUCACGUGAAGCAGCUGCUUUAGGCUUUCUUGUUUCGCCGCUUUUCUCUUGCUACUCUUAUCAUGGUCCUGUAUUCAGAGUAAUGCUGCAAGUUUUCCGCGGUAAUCUCAAUGAAAGCAGUAACUAUGGCUUCAUAAGCUACUGCAAUCAAUGUGGACAUUCUCAGACUUAUCAGUGGGGUGAACUCGGGCAGAUUAGUUGCCCAUGCAGAAAUGGAAUGGUUUCCCAUUCGGUGGUUGUAUCAGGCCCCUUAUGGAUUGGGCCUCUUCAUAACACUGACUAUGUUUGCAAAAUGUUGGAAUUAGCUAGAGAAUGGGGUUGGGCAUGCAAUUUGAAAAAAUGUUCCAGUUUGGAAAGCAUCUUGACUCAAAUGAUUGCUGAAAGUGACCCUCAGUUGCCUCCUGGAUACAUUAAACUGGAUGAGAUAGCUAGUCGAGCACAAAUUAAUUCUCCUCCUGUUAGUGCAAUUCUAAGUGCGUUGCAGAAGGAGGGAUAUGCUGCGUGUAGGUCUCACAUCAACCCCAAUGCUAUCAAGACAAAUUGUCCAAUGGCUAAGUGCAUACUGAUUGCCAGAGAACUGAGGGAUGUCUCUGCCCCCAUAUUAUAGAUCCAUCAAGCAACCAUUGACAAACAUAACAAAAGAUGCAUAAAAAAGUUAGCUUUUCAUGUGGCGACGUGAAUGAUCGACAUAUGAAAUUGAUAUAAAAGUUUUAUCAUGCAACCAUGCAAAAGGGUGCUGUGCAAACUAUCUAACUUUUAACCCACUUAAGAAAGCAAAAUUCAAGUUUCAACCUCAUCAAUGCCAUAUCACUAUGGAAUUCCACAGUCAAUCACCGGUUCGCCGUCAAAAAGCAGCUGUGGGAUGUACUGGCUAUCUCUGCAAUGCCAUAACACUUCUUGGCAUUGCAGAAGAAAGCAGAUGUGGGAAUUCGUAGGGCUGGAUUGUCUUUUGAGAUGGAGGAUAGAACUCUAAUGUGUGGAUGGUCAAGCCAUUGAUUCCAUGUGGGGGAAGUAGUGACUGAGCUUAGUGCACUGACUGGGUAGAAUCCUUGAUCAACUAGUCCUUCGAGUAUUGUUUUCUUGGUUGCUUGCUCCUGGAUAUGAAUUUUGUAAGCAUCAAAAGUAAUGAAGCAUUUGUUAGCUCUUGCCAAUUAAUGAACUGAAAUGAGGUUGUGACAUAGAUGAGGUGCUCUGAGGAGGGUGGAGAGUGUGAGCUCAAUGGUGGGAGUGGGGAGGAUGCUAUUGCCAAUAUGAGAGACCUCAGUUGAUUGCCCAUUUACUACUGUGAUCUAUUCUGUGCUCAGGUAGGGAAUGGGUUGUUGGAGGUUUUCAAGAUGUGGGAUCAGGUGAGAUGAAGCACCUGAAUCCAGAACCCAGUUAUAUGCUGGCUAAGUGGUGUUGUCAAUCAUUUCAUAGUGAUGGGAUGAGGUAUUGAAGGCUGCUUUGUAUUGUAAAUUGGUUCUAUGCCAGAAGUUUGUUGCGGAAUACCAUUGUUUGAGACAUUUGACAUGUAAUGGGGGUCUUGUUUCUAUUAUUUGGGUAGGGGUUUACUUGUUUGGGGUUUAAGGUGUAGUUUUUGGUUUGGGGUUUAAGGUUUAAUUUUUGCUAUAGGGGCGGAUUUGCUGGUGAGAUCCUCGGCUCUUGCUGGUAAUAAGGACUACAUAUGGGUUUUGUUUUGUCAUUUCUAUGGAGAUAUGAAUUUCUUCACUGUGUAGUAGAGAGUACAAGUCGGUUUAGUUGUGUUUGAGUUAUAAUCUUAAUUACCUAAUAGUUGGGUGAGUAUUUAGGAUGUAGAUGAUGAAAU